AUGCGUCUCGUCACUCGUUUUACCGCCGCAGCAGCAUACUGCCUGAGUCUGGUCACCUCUCAAGCAGUGCCGAAAACAUACUUCGUCGAGAUCUCGAAAAAUGGACCGAUCGAUGGCUUGGGUGUGAGUCCCGAAUCUCUCGUCGAAAGAGCUGCCGAGCUUUCAGUACCGUUGAAGGUACGCUUCGAAUUCCAGGAUAAGAGCGUCUUCUACGGCGCAUCGGUUUCCCUCGACAACGAUGCCGACGCCGAAAAACUACGGGCUCUUCCGGGUGUCGAGAAUGUGGUCCCGGUACAACAAGUAGCGCACCCGUAUCGGCUUCCGGAGAACGGCUCCCCAAUCGGCAGCGCAACCCCCGGAUCUGCGGCAUCCACCAAUGGCAAAAGCAACUUUCGACCGAGAUCUGUUUUGCCUCGAGCGUCCGAUGUUGACUGGAACAGCCCCCAUGUAAUGACUGGCGUCGACCGCGUUCAUGCGAAGGGCAUCUUGGGAGAGGGCGUUCGCAUCUCCGUUAUUGACACCGGAAUCGACUGGAAGCACCCUGCUCUGGGUGGCUGCUUCGGAAAGGGAUGCAAAAUUGAGUUCGGCUCUGAUCUGGUGGGCGACGGAUAUGGAGGAGAUUCUGGGUACACCAUGAUCCCCGGACCUGAUCCAAGACCUGGCUGUUUCGAUGGCUUCCACGGUACUCACGUCGCCGGCAUCAUCGGCAUGGACGUGCCCUCAAACUCUUCUACGUUUGCUGGCCUGGUUGGAGUUGCUCCCAAGGCUACGUUGGGCAUGUACCGCGUUUUCGGCUGUUCCGGCUAUACGUCAGACGACGCCAUCGUUGCUGCGAUGCAGAAGUCCGUCGAAGAUGGCGCAGACGUCGUGAGCAUCUCCAUCGGUGGAUUCGGUACCUGGUCUGGCUAUCCUGGAUCACCUCUUUCGGCCGCAGCUGCAGCCCUGAAGGCCAAGGAUGUUGCAGUCAUUGCUGCCGGCGGAAACUCUGGCACUAUCGGAAUGUUUUCGAUCAACAUCCCCGGAGGAUCAGACGAUGCUCUCGGCGUUGCGUCGGUGGAGAACUCCAAGUUCCCGACAUACCCCAUCAAAGACUCCAACAGCGCCGAGUUUCGGUACGGAGCUCUUCACCCUUUCCCGGAAGGAGAGUAUCCCGUAGCUUGGGCAGGAAGAAACACCACGGGCUACAACUUUGGCUGCUCGGCAUCCGACUAUCCUCCUGCUAGUAGCUUAUCUGAGCCGAUCUCCGACUACGUCCUGGUAGUGAAGAGAGGUUACUCUUGCUCUCCAACCCAAGUCCAGCAACAUGCCUCUGCUGCCAACUACACACGGGUACUUACUUACCCAGACCCGACUGUUGAUGAUAUCUUCAUCGAAGGCCACGCCGUUCCAACACCAUCUCUGACCGCUGAUGGAUACAUCUAUCCUAUGGGUAGCACUAUCGAUGACACUCUGUCAAAUGCUUCCAAGAAUCCCGGAGCUUACAAGCUGCUCGUUUCGUCCCAGACACCCUUGCUGGUAGACCAGCCUGGUGGAGGAUCCCCAAAUAACUUCGGCAGCGUCGGACCCAACGCGGAUUUCGCCUUCAAGCCUGAAAUUGCUGCUCCGGGUGGCAUGAUUCUCGCAACCUUCCCUCUCAUGGAGAACAGCGGCGGUUUCGGUAUCAUCAGCGGCACAUCUAUGGCGACUCCGUACACGAGCGGCGUAUACGCAUUGAUCAAGUCCCAACACCCUUCAUUGUCGAUAGACGAGAUCUUUGAGUUGAUGCAGACUACGGCGAAGCAAGUCAAGAGGGCGAACACCGAUGCUGUGGCAUCCACCGUUCAACAAGGAGCGGGCUUGAUCCAGGCCUACGAUGCUAUUUUCUCCAAAUCUGUCAUCCAACCCGGAGAAUUCAAGAUGAUUGAUGUUCGAGAGGCUACAUUCAUCAUCGUCAACCCAUCGGAAAGUGAUGUCACAUAUAGCUUCUCAAACAACCCCGCCAGCGGGGCCGCGUCAUUCUCAGCUGGUGCCGGUCGGACCGCCGAAGUCGGAUUCCUCUCUGAGCCAUUCUCAGCUGAAGUCAAGUUCGGUGGAGGGGAUCAAGUCACCAUCCCUGCAGGAGGAACUCAGAACAUGACCUUUCAGGUUACUUUGCCAGCUGACAUGGACGCCAGUCUGAUCCCAAUAUUCUCUGGCUUCAUCGGGAUUACUUCAUCUAUCAACGAGAGCUUCACGAUUCCCUACAUGGGACCGGCCUACAACUACAGCAGCGCGCCGGUCGUCGGCCUGAAACCCCUGACGGACGAGCAACGAGUCAAUGCCUUGACCACAGCCCGCGACCCCUUCUCUGCCCCUCAGGUCUUUGGGAAUAGUGACAAGAAGGACCUUGGAAACUAUCGAUCCUUCAACUUCCAGUACCCGGACUAUCCUGUGGCGUACUUCACCUCCCUCCAACCUUUGCGCAAGUUCCGUUUCGAUAUUGUCCGCGCCAGCACCAACUUUACCCCAACUUGGUAUGGUUUCGAUCCCGAUUACAAACUGGACAACCUCACAGAGACGGCGAUGGUAGAGAAUGGUACAGUGGCAGGUGUCCCUAUUCUCGGCUCAAUCCAAAUCCAGGAGGGGUGGCUUCCGAGGACCAACUAUCAGUCCAGUUGGUCUUACAGCAUCCUUGACAUUACGGCUUCGAGUGGGCUAGGAUUGAAGAAGGGUUCUUAUCGUAUUCUCCUGAGAUGGCUGAAGUUCUUCAAGGAUGAGGAGGAUCCCGCGUCCUGGGAGAGUUGGAUGAGUGGUGUCGUUGAUGUCUUGGAGGACACUUUCGAGCCGACUCCGCCUUAG